UCGUGUUUAUACAAGUCCAAGUUCUACACAUCGUCGGAAAGUCGUGUGUUUUGUUGUAUUUUGACGUGUUUAGUAAAUUUUUAAACCGUUGUGGUCUACCAGAUGGGCUCCAGGUAUGACCAUUACGAUUAUUUAUAUAAAGUAGUGCUUAUUGGCGACUCUGGUGUUGGCAAGUCCUGCCUUUUAUCGCGGUUCACACGAAACGAAUUUGAUCACGAAUCGAAAUCAACAAUUGGUGUUGAGUUUGCAACGCGGAGUUUGGAGAUCGACGGAAAAACUAUAAAAGCUCAGGUUUGGGACACGGCUGGGCAGGAACGCUACAGAGCAAUAACAAGUGCAUAUUACCGAGGUGCAGUCGGCGCUGUUCUGGUCUAUGAUAUCACCAAACAGAAAUCCUACGAAAGCGUCAGCCGAUGGAUGGAAGAAGUGAAAGAACAUGCUACAGAUCAAAUUGUUGUUAUGCUUGUUGGAAACAAAUGCGACUUGAAACAUUUACAGGCAAUACCCACAGAGGAGGUUAAGACCUUUGCUCAGGAGCACAAGCUGUUGUUUGCUGAGGCAUCUGCACUCGAUGCAACCAAUGUUGAAGGAUUAUUUCAAGAGACUAUUGAGAAGGUACACAGAGUGCAAAUUAAAAAGCUUAAGGAAGAACUUGCUGUUAACAGUGAGGAAACAGAACCAAUGACAGCUCCAGGAAAAAUACAACUAGACAAUCAACCAAUUGUUAAAAGAUGCUGCCAAACAUGAAAUAUGAUAUUCUAAAGAGAUUUGAAUUUUUCUAAAAAUAAUAAAUAGUAACAAACAAUAGAUAUAGUUAGUAAAUUUUAGAUUUUGUAAAUUGAUGCUUUUCUGCAUCGAGCUUACUCACCAAGAAGGUAAUUACUUCUCCAUACAUAUUGAAUCCAAUAACAUAUUCUCAAAACUGGAAGUUUUGGCAGUUAGAGAUACAUUUUUAAUGGCUACCAUUGGGUGUUGUGGCAGGUGUGGGCAAAGUCAAUUAGACUAAUUGAGGUAGACUGAUUGAUUAAUUAGG